GUUUUCGCGCGCACGGAAGUGAGAGAGAGAGAGAGAGAGAGAGGUGUCUAAUUUUAGUUUCAGUGAGAGAGAGAAGCAUGAAAAUUGAUUCGCAAGAAGAGGCCUAUAUUCAGCUCCAACAAAAAACCAUGCCCCCUCUGCUCCUCCAUUUCCGGUCUUUUUCCCAUCCAAUCCAACCCCAACAACAGACUACCAAUACAUCUCUUUCACCUCCUCCAACUCCAUCGAUCACAUUCCAUUCCACGCACAAUUUAGGGUUUUCUAAGCCAAUUCGCUGACAUUACAGUUGGAGAAACAGCCACAGGUAUUGCGUUUUCUAUUUUGAUUGCGAUCAGAUGCAGGAAUUAAACAUGCAUUUCGAGGAGUUGGUCGAAUCCGCCUUGUUUCGCCAGCAGGAAAGCAAGUUUGCCUUUGCCAAACUCGACGAUUCCCCUAUGUUCCGCCAACAGGUCCAAGGUUUGGAAGAAGUUGCUGAUAUGUUUAGGGAGAGAACUGCAAAAUUUUGUAAAGGAUGCCGAAAGUACACAUGGAUAAUAUGAGUCAGGUUGGCUAUAAGCUGAAGUUGAUAGUGCUGGAUUUGGCCUUGGAGAAUUAUCUAGAUGGGCUUGGAGAAGGAUAUGACAGGGACAUCGCAUUUGCAAGUGCUCUUGAAAGUUUUGGGGGGCAAAAUGACCCGAUUUGUGCUUCUUUUGGAGGUCCCGUGAUGACCAAAUUUGCAAUUGCUUUGAGAGAAAUUGGAACUUACAAGGAAGUUCUUCGAUCACAGGUAGAGCUCAUGCUAAAUGAUAGGUUAUUACAAUUAGUCAAUGUUGGCCUGCAUGAUGUCAAGGAAGCUCGGAAGCGUUUUGACAAAGCUAAUGUUAUAUAUGACCAGGCACGUGAGAAGUAUUUAUCACUGAGGAAAAGUUCUAGGCUGGAUAUAGCUGCUGCCAUAGAGGAGGAACUUCACAAUUCAAGAUCAGCAUUCGAGCAAGCGCGUUUUAAUUUGAUUGGUGCUCUUGCUAAAGUUGAGGAAAAAAAGAGGUUUGAGUUUUUGGAGGUUGUUAGUGGGGCAAUGGAUGCUCAUCUUCAUUACUUCAAACAGGGAUAUGAGCUAUUGCAUCAACUGGAGCCUUAUAUUAACCAGGUCUCGGCUUAUGCACAGCAAUCAAGAGAAAGUUCCAAGAAUGAGCAGGCAGCUCUUAAUGAGAGGAUGCAAGAAUACAAAAGACAUGUUAAUCAAGAUUGUAGGCAGUCCUUGAAUGACUCUCAUGGGUCUCCUAAUGAAGAUAUAAUACAACCAUUCCCCAGAAGUUCCCAUAAAGAGAUAAAGGCAGUGAUGGAGUCUGCUUCAGAAGGAAAGGUGUUCAAUGUUCAAACCAUAAAACAAGGAUAUCUCUCAAAACGUUCAUCUAAUUUGAGGGGUGACUGGAAGAGAAGAUUUUUCGUUCUUGAUAACCGAGGCAAGUUGUACUACUAUCGCAAACAAUGGAGCAGGCCCUCUUAUCAGGGAGCUGGGAAUCAAUUUCCUAUACAAAGGAGCCUUGCUUCUGAACCUGGUUCUGGGCUGCUGAGUCGGUGGCUGUCUUCUCAUUACCAUGGUGGUGUACAUGAUGAAAAAUCGGUUGCACAUCACACUGUGAACCUGCUGACGUCGACUAUAAAGGUUGAUGCAGAUCAGUCAGAUUUGAGAUUCUGCUUCAGGAUAAUUUCACCAACAAAGAACUAUACCUUGCAGGCAGAGAGUUCAUUGGAACAAAUGGACUGGGUUGAAAAAAUAACAGGCGUGAUUGCUUCAUUGUUGAGUUCUCAGGCACCUGAGCCUUUAUGUGCUAGUCCAACAACUGUUGGUCUUUUGUCUUCCUGGGAGAGCAGUUCCAUUGGAAGUCCGGAUUUUGAUCGAAGGACAAGUGGACCACUAUUAGCUGAGAAAGACAUUCCUUCUAGGAAUUUGGUGCGAGCAUCUAGAAGUUUACAACAGCUUCAAUACUGCGGGAAAAGUGAGAAGCCAGUCGAUACAUUAAAAAGAAUUCCUGGAAAUGAUAAAUGUGCUGAUUGUGGUGCACAUGAACCAGACUGGGCAUCUUUAAACCUUGGAGUGCUUAUCUGCAUCGAAUGUUCUGGUGUUCACCGUAAUCUGGGGGUGCAUAUAUCUAAAGUAAGGUCGUUGGCACUUGAUGUGAAAGUGUGGGAACCGUCUGUCAUCAAAUUGUUUCAGGCACUGGGUAAUGUCUUUGUAAACUCAAUAUGGGAGGGGUUGUUACAUGCACAAAGAACUUUUCAGGCUGAUGAAAUACCUAUGAAGUUUUUUGACCAUGAUAAGCACAAACAGUUUUUUAGCAAACCCCGUCAUGAUGAUCAUAUUUCAAUGAAGGAGAAAUUCAUUCAUGCAAAGUAUGCAGAAAAACGUUUUGUUCACAAAGGAAAGUACAUUCCACAUCUUCUUUCAGAGGCACAACAGUUGUGGGAAAGUGUCAGUUCUAAUGACAAGAAAUCAGUUUACCGCCUUAUUGUCGCUUGUGAAGUAGAUGUUAAUGCUAUCCAACCUUUAAAUUUGUCCAAAGGAGUGCAAUUGCAAGAUAAGGAACAACAAAGUUCCGAUUGCUACUUGGACUACUUAGCUCAGUCUUUGGAUGGCUCCUCGAGCUCUUUUAGUUCAACUAAAGCAAGUGAAGAUCAGUCCAAAGAUGGAUUUCUUGAUGGCUGCUCCUUGCUUCACCUUGCCUGCCAAACUGCUGAUAUUGGCAUGGUAGAGUUGCUCCUACAGCAUGGUGCAGACAUAAAUACUUCUGAUUCGAGAGGUCAGACGCCACUGCAUCAUAGUAUUAUCAGAGGAAGAAUUGGAAUUGCAAAACUUCUCCUUACCAGGGGAGCUGAUCCACACGCUCUUGACAAAGAAGGUAAAACCCCAAUUCAGCUUGUCGCCGAAACAAGCAAUGACGAUGUCGAGGUACUUGCUCUCUUGAAAACCCCCAAAAGAUAGCAUUUUUGUAUUAAUUAGAUCACUUGAAGACGGACCAUAUAGAAGUCUAAACAAAGGAAUGGAAAAUUUUGUAUCACAUUGAACCCCGUCAGAGGGAACGGCUAAUAUUAGACGGUGAUUCAGAGGAGUUGGUUGGUUUGCUUUGUGGCAUCAUGCACAUAUUCUGAAUUGAGAAGCCUUUGAUAGGCUGUGUUAUGGUCUCAUUUAUCCA